GACCAAUAUUAUACGUGAGGCACCAGUAGCACUGGGUGGGAUCCUCUGCUUGCUCCCCUCUGCCCCAUCCAGACCCUUGCUUUGCUUCGCUCCUUCCUCCCUUGCUCUGCUGGUCCCCCAAUCCUCUUUUAGCUGCCACACAGGCAGCUCCAAAUUUCCCUUUAAACUUUCUUUCUUUUUUUCCCCCCCUGUAAGUAUUUAUUUGAUUUUAUUUACCGCUUUCUUCUGUUUUUCCUCAUCACAACGGAAGACUGGAGGAUGAAACAUCAACAUGAGAAAACUGAAUAAUUUACUAUGAGGGACAUGGAUUCUAUAUAUAUUUUUUUAUGAAUAAGUCAACUUGGAUUGGACAUACUGAAGUUAUCCCCAGGUGGUUCUAAAUGAGGAGGCUUGGUUUAUAUCUCUGAGAUAGUCUCCGCGUCACCAUGGCUGAAGGAGCCAAAUCCCCCUCGGGAAGUGCAGCCGGGGGCCCCAGCGGAGCCUCACUGACAAGCUCUCUCAAGUCUAAAGCUUUGGACCUCAUCAGAAAGGUGAAAGUGUCCGUGGAGCUGCUGAUCGCCCUGGCUGCUCUCCUGUCCUGGGUGGUAGUGGGUGUGGUGAUGUUUGACUUUGUCGAAUACAAAGCAGUACCAGAUGUACACCAAAUCAUUACGGACCCAGUUCAAGCUGUAAACGAUGCUGUAGACGAAGUGUCCAGCCUGCUAAAUAAGUUCCAAGAAUGUGCUCCUGAUUUAAGCAGCCCCUCGUCUGCUGCGUCUUACGCUGCUGAAGAGGUUAUAGAAGCAAAAGAUGCAUUUGUUCGAUACUUUUCAGAUGAAGAAGGAACCUUUUACCCAAGCUACAUCGAUCCCGUGGUCAUUGGAAGAAGAGCUUUCCACUCAACCAACGACUUUGUGUAUGGAGUGCUUGGCUCCUUCAGGGACUCACUGUGUGCUACUGUGGAUACUGUAACAGAUGCAGUUUUGGAUAUAGGAAAAGGAAAACUUGAUCUCAGCUACAUUGACCCUGUGAUAAUUGGCAGGGGGUUCUUCAGUUCUAUGAAUAACUUUGUUUCUGAAGUGGGGGGCUUCAUCCAGAAUUUGCUCUGCCUCCUAGUGGACUCCACGUUGGAUCUAGUGAAAGGAACCACUGACAUUAGCUUCAUCGAUCCUGUGGUACUUGGCAGGACAUUUUUCAAUGUUAUAAACGACACUGUUGGUGGAAUAACGGGCUACGUCCAGGACAUACUGUGUGCCAUCUUAGACACCGUAUUGGAUGUAUCUAAAGGAACAAUAGACAUCAGCUACGCCGACCCCGUGGUCCUGGGCAGGAAUUUCUUCCACAUCAUCAACGACGCUGUGAAUGGAAUAGUGGGCUGCAUUCAGGACAUACUUUGUGCUUUAUUAGACAUCAUAUUGGAUAUCUCUAGGGGAACCAUUGACAUCAGCUUUAUUGACCCUGUGGUGAUCGGCAGAAAUAUCUUCCAUAUUCUUGAUGAAUUUGUGAAAAACGUCACAGGAUACAUCCAGAAUGUGCUUUGUGCGAUCUUGGAUGUGGUACUGGACACAGUGAAAGACCUCCAGGAGGCUGUGGGAUUCAGGCCCUUAUCAGCUCUGCAGACAACAGCAGAAAUCAUUAAAGAACAUGUCAACAUUAUUAUGAGCUACCUUUCUACAACGCUGAUAGGUGAACCAGCAAUCAUUCCGGACGUUUCUGUUGACCCGAUGAAAGUUGUUGAGGAUGCGGUACUGGAAUUUACCGACAAGAAGGAUUUGUUCUUGGGCUACAUGUCAAGUAUGCUUGGUGGUGAUCAAGGUGAACCUGUCAGUCCACCCACUGUAAAUGUUGUCACUGAAAAAGGUGAAGCUGUUGUUUCUCCAUCUGAUAUCACUCUGGUGAGAAAGAAAGGGGAGUUUCUUCCUCCACCUGAAAAAGUUGCAGAGAUGGUGCGUGCUGUCGAAGAUGAAGCUGCCUCUGCUGCGGAGGAGGAGGCUGAAGACGCCACUGAAUCUGCGGAUGAAGUAGGAGUGACCAAAGCAGAGGAAGAUGAGGUGAAACAUACAGAAGAACUCCAACUUGAGCCUUCUCUGAAAGAGGAAAUCAUAGAUGUUGGAGUUGAGGAGGAAACGACGGCAGACGAAGAAGAGACGGUGCAUGAAGUCGCACCACAGGAACAACUGGCAGAAGAGGAAAAACCUGAGGUGGAAGACAAGACUUUAAAAACAGGACAAGAACAAGAGGAAGGGGAAGUUAAAAUAGAAGACAUCUUGCUAGAAGAAGAAGAGGAGACGCCAGCAACAGAGGAAGAGUUGGCAAAACAAGAGGAAAAGGAAAAAAACAAAAUUGAAGCAACAGCAGAAGAUAAAGGCGACAAAGAAGAGGAGGAACCUGAAAUUUUUGAGGUUUUGGUAGAGAGUAAGGAUGAGACUGAGGAGAAGGAAGAAUUAGGGGAAAUGAAAACUGAAGGCAGGGAACAAGAUAGGGUGGAAAAGGACGACUCCACAGCUGAAGAGAAACUGAUUGACAGUGAGGGGGAAGACGACAAAGCACAGUCUGAAGCUGGUGAUGAAGAUUUGGAAAAACAGUCAUUAGCUCAACAACCAGAACUUCUACUGUCCAAAACUCCUGCUAAAGACUCUGGUGCAUCCGAGACGGGCGAACAGGAAGAGGAAGAAGUCGGAACAUCUCCUGAUUACAAAGACGAAGAUUAUGCAGAACUACAGCAUGAUCACGAUGAAAAUAAUAAUAACAGCGAGAGCAAAAAGGCAGAACCUGAAGAAAAGAGGAAGACUCAUGUUCCCUUUGAGAGGGUGAAGAAAGCUGACUACAAAAUAUCACCAAAAGAACCUGCCGGCCAAUAUGUGACAGAACACAAGGAAAAAGAAAGGGAAACUACGCCUACCACAGAAGACAAGCAAAUUCUGAAAGAAAAAAUACAAGUACCGGUCCAUACCGAAGAAAAGACAUCUCACAAAGAAGAAAUAAAAGUUAAAAAACUUCCAACGGAAAAAGUAAAGGUGGAGAAACUUCCAAAAGAAGAAACAAAAGUCGAAACAAUUCCAAAAGAGGAAAUGGAAAUUGAGAAGCCUCCAAGGGAAAAAGUACAGGAGGAAAAGCCCCCAAAAGAAAAAACAGAUGUCGAGAAGCCUUCGAAAGAGGAAUUAAAAGUUGAGAAACCUUCAAAGAAAAAAACAAAAGUCAAAAAAAUUCCAAAAUCAGAAAUAGAAAUUGAGAAAACUCCAAAGAAAAAAGUACAGGAGCAGAAACCUCCAAAAGAGAAAACAAAAGUUGAGAAACCUCUAAAGGAAAAAGUAAAGGAGGAGAAGACACCCAAAGAAAAAAUAAAAGUCGAGAAAAUUCCGAAAGAGGAAAUAGAAAUAGAGAAGUCUCCAAAGGACAAAAGAAAGGAUCAAAAGCCUCCCAAAGAGAAAAUAAAAGCUGAGAAACCUCCAAAAGAGAAAACAAAAGUCAAGAAAAUUCCCAAAGAAGAAACAAAAGUGGAGAAAAUUCCGAUAGCGGAAAUAAAAGUCGAGAAACCUCAGAAAGAAGAAACAAAAGUCGAGAAAACGCGAAAAGAAAAACUAAAAGUUGAGAAACCUCCAAAGGAAAAAGUCAAGCCGGAGAAAUCUCCCAAAGAAGAAACAAAAGUCGAGAAAAUUCCAAAAGAGGAAAUAGAAAUUGAGAAACCUCCAAAGGAAAAAGGAAAGGCGGAGAAACCUCCAAAAGAGAAAACAAAAGUCAAGAAACCGCAAAAAGAAAAACUAAAGGUUGAGAAACCUCCGAAAGAAGAAAUAAAAGUAGAGAAAAUUCCUAAAGAAGAAAUAGAAAUUGAGAAACCUCCAAAGGAAAAAGUAAAGAAGGAGAAACCUUCAAAAGAGAAAACUAAAGUCGAGAAAAUUCCCAAAGAAGAAACAAUAGUGGAGAAAAUUCCGAUAGCGGAAAUAAAAGUCGAGAAACCUCCGAAAGAAGAAACAAAAGUCGAGAAACCGCAAAAAGAAAAACUAAAAGUCGAGAAACCUCCAAAGGAAAAAGUCAAGGCGGAGAAACCUCCAAAAGAGAAAACAAAAGUCGAAAAAAUUCAGAAAGAGGAAAUAGAAAUUCAGAAACCUCCAACGGAGAAGAUAAAGAGAUAUAAGCCUCCCAAAGAAAAAAUAAAAGUCGAGAAACCGCAAAAAGAAAAACUAAAAGUCGAGAAACCUCCAAAGGAAAAAGUAAAGAAGGAGAAACCUCCCAAAGAGAAAAUAAAACUCGAGAAAAUUCCCACUGAAGAAACAAUAGUGGAGAAAAUUCUGAUAGCGGAAAUAAAAGUCGAGAAAACUCCGAAAGAAGAAACAAAAGUCGAGAAACCGCAAAAAGAAAAACUAAAAGUCGAGAAACCUCCUAAGGAAAAAGUCAAGGCGGAGAAAUCUCCAAAAGAGAAAACUAAAGUCGAGAAACCUACCAAAGAAGAAACAAAAGUCGAGAAAAUUCUGAAAGAGGAAAUAAAAGUAGAGAAAAUUCCAAAAGAAGAAAUAGAAAUUGAGAAACCUCCAAAGGAAAAAGUAAAGCCGGAGAAACCUCCAAAAGAGAAAACUAAAGUCGAGAAACCGCAAAAAGAAAAACUAAACGUAGAGAAACCUCCCAAAGAAGAAACGAAAGUCGAGAAAAUUCCGAAAGAAUUAACAAAAGUCGAAAAAAUUCCAAAAGAGGAAAUAGAAAUUGACCAACCUCCAAAAGAAAAAGUAAAGGCGGAGAAACCUCCCAAAGAGAAAACAAAAGUCAAGAAAAUUCAGAAAGAGGAAAUAGAAAUUGAGAAGCCUCCAAAGGAAAAAGUAAAGGCGGAGAAACCUCCCAAAGAGAAAACAAAAGUCAAGAAACCGCAAAAAGAAAAACUAAAAGUAGAGAAACCUCCAAAGGAAAAAAUAAAAAAGGAGAAACCUCCUAAAGAAGAAACAAAAGUCGAGAAAAUUCCGACAGUGGAAAUAAAAGUUGAGAAAAUUCCGAAAGAAGAAACAAAAGUCGAAAAAAUUCCAAAACAGGAAAUAGAAAUUGACCAACCUCCAAAAGAAAAAGUAAAGGCGGAGAAACCUCCCAAAGAGAAAACAAAAGUCGAGAAAAUUCAGAAAGAGGAAAUAGAAAUUGAGAAGCCUCCAAAGGAAAAAGUAAAGGCGGAGAAACCUCCUAAAGAGAAAACAAAAGUUGAGAAACCGCAAAAAGAAAAACUAAAAGUCGAGAAACCUCCAAAGGAAAAAGUAAAGGCGGAGAAACCUCCUAAAGAGAAAACAAAAGUUGAGAAACCUACCAAAGAAGAAACAAAAGUUGAGAAAAUUCAGAAAGAGGAAAUAGAAAUCGAGAAACCUCCAAAGGAAAAAGUCAAGGCGGAGAAAUCUCCUAAAGAGAAAACAAAAGUCGAGAAACCGCAAAAAGAAAAACUAAAAGUCGAGAAACCUCCAAAGGAAAAAGUAAAGACGGAGAAACCUCCCAAAGAGAAAACAAAAGUCGAGAAACCUCCGAAAGAAGAAACAAAAGUCGAGAAAAUUCUGAAAGAGGAAAUAAAAGUAGAGAAAAUUCCAAUAGAAGAAAUAGAAAUUGAGAAACCUCCAAAGGAAAAAGUAAAGGCGGAGAAACCUACCAAAAAAGAAACAAAAGUCGAGAAACCGCAAAAAGAAAAACUAAAAGUCGAGAAACCUCAAAAGGAAAAAGUAAAGAAGGAGAAACCUCCCAAAGAGAAAACAAAAGUCGAGAAAAUUCUGAUAGAAGAAACAAAAGUCAAAAAAAUUCCAAAGGAGGAAAUAGAAAUUGAGAAGCCUCCAAAGGAAAAAGUAAAGGCGGAGAAACCUACCAAAGAGAAAACAAAAGUCGAGAAACCUCCCAAAGAAGAAACGAAAGUCGAGAAAAUUCCGAAAAAGGAAAUAGAAAUUGAGAAACCUCCCAAGGAAAAAGUAAAGGCGGAGAAACCUCCCAAAGAGAAAACAAAAGUCAAGAAACCGCAAAAAGAAAAACUCAAAGUAGAGAAACCUCCCAAAGAAGAAACGAAAGUCGAGAAAAUUCCAAAAGAGGAAAUAGAAAUUGACCAACCUCCAAAAGAAAAAGUAAAGGCGGAGAAACCUCCAAAAGAGAAAACAAAAGUCGAGAAAAUUCAGAAAGAGGAAAUAGAAAUUGAGAAGCCUCCAAAAGAAAAAGUAAAGACGGAGAAACCUCCUAAAGAGAAAACAAAAGUCAAGAAACCGCAAAAAGAAAAACUAAAAGUAGAGAAACCUCCAAAGGAAAAGAUAAAAAAGGAGAAACCUCCUAAAGAAGAAACAAAAGUCGAGAAAAUUCCGACAGUGGAAAUAAAAGUUGAGAAAAUUCCGAAAGAAGAAACAAAAGUCGAAAAAAUUCUAAAACAGGAAAUAGAAAUUGACCAACCUCCAAAAGAAAAAGUAAAGGCGGAGAAACCUCCUAAAGAGAAAACAAAAGUUGAGAAACCUACCAAAGAAGAAACAAAAGUUGAGAAAAUUCAGAAAGAGGAAACAAAAGUCGAGAAAAUUCCAAAAGAAGAAAUAGAAAUUGAGAAACCUCCAAAGAAAAAAGUAAAGCCGGAGAAACCUCCAAAAGAGAAAACUAAAGUCGAGAAACCUACCAAAAAAGAAACAAAAGUCGAGAAACCUCAAAAGGAAAAAGUAAAGAAGGAGAAACCUCCCAAAGAGAAAACAAAAGUCGAAAAAAUUCCAAAAGAGGAAAUAGAAAUUGAGAAGCCUCCAAAGGAAAAAGUAAAGGCGGAGAAACCUACCAAAGAGAAAACAAAAGUCAAGAAACCGCAAAAAGAAAAACUAAAAGUAGAGAAACCUCCCAAAGAAGAAACGAAAGUCGAGAAACCUCCGAAAAAGGAAAUAGAAAUUGAGAAACCUCCCAAGGAAAAAGAAAAGGCGGAGAAACCUGCAAAAGAGAAAACAAAAGUCAAGAAACCGCAAAAAGAAAAACUAAAAGUAGAGAAACCUCCAAAGGAAAAAAUAAAAAAGGAGAAACCUCCUAAAGAAGAAACAAAAGUCGAGAAAAUUCCAACAGUGGAAAUAAAAGUUGAGAAAAUUCCGAAAGAAGAAACAAAAGUCGAAAAAAUUCCAAAACAGGAAAUAGAAAUUGACCAACCUCCAAAAGAAAAAGUAAAGGCGGAGAAACCUCCUAAAGAGAAAACAAAAGUUGAGAAACCUACCAAAGAAGAAACAAAAGUUGAGAAAAUUCAGAAAGAGGAAACAAAAGUCGAGAAAAUUCCAAAAGAAGAAAUAGAAAUUGAGAAACCUCCAAACGAAAAAGUAAAGCCGGAGAAACCUCCAAAAGAGAAAACUAAAGUCGAGAAACCUACCAAAAAAGAAACAAAUUUCGAGAAACCGCAAAAAGAAAAACUAAAAGUCGAGAAACCUCAAAAGGAAAAAGUAAAGAAGGAGAAACCUCCCAAAGAAGAAACAAAAGUCGAAAAAAUUCCAAAAGAGGAAAUAGAAAUUGAGAAGCCUCCAAAGGAAAAAGUAAAGGCGGAGAAACCUCCCAAAGAGAAAACAAAAGUCAAGAAACCGCAAAAAGAAAAACUAAAAGUAGAGAAACCUCCCAAAGAAGAAACAAAAGUUGAGAAAAUUCCGAAAGAGGAAAUAAAAGUAGAGAAAAUUCCUAAAGAAGAAAUAGAAAUUGAGAAACCUCCAAAGAAAAAAUUAAAGGCGGAGAAACCUCCAAAAGAGAAAACAAAACUCGAGAAACCUACCAAAAAAGAAACAAAAGUCGAGAAAAUUCCAAAACAGGAAAAAGUUGAGAAACUUCAGAAAGAGGAGACAAAAGUCGAGAAGCCUCCAAAGGAAAUAAUAAAAAUCGAGAAAACUCCAAAAGAUAAAACAGAAGUCAAGAAACCCCCCAAAGAAAGAAUAGAAAUUGAGAAACCUCCAAAGGACAAAUUAAAGAAAAAGUCUCCCAAAGAAAAAGUAAAAGUCGAGAAACCUCCCAAAGAAGAAACAAAAGUCGAGAAAUUUCCAAAAGAGGAAUCAAAAGUUGAAACGUCUCCCAAAGAAACAGUAAAAGUCGAAAAGCCUCAGAAAGAAACAAAAGUUGAGAAACCUAAAAAAGAAAAGACAAAAGUCGAGAAACCUCCCAAAGAUGAAACAAAAGUUGAGAAAAUUCCAAAACAGGAAAAAGUCGAGAAAUUUCCGAAAGAGGAAACAAAACCUGAAAAGCCUUUUCAAGAAAAAAGAAAAGUCAAGAAGCCUCCAAAGGAAAAAGUAAUGGAGGAGAAGCCACCAAAAGAAGAAACAAAAGUUGAGAAACUUCCCAAACAAAUAGUAAUAGUUGAGAAAUCUCCAAAGGAAAAAGUAAAAGUGGAGGAAACAGAAGUCGAGAAACCUCUGAAGGAAAAGGCAAAGGAGGAGAAGCCUCCCAAAGAAAAGGUCAAAUUGAUGAAAGCUUCAAAAGAAGAAAAACUUCCUAAAGAGGACAUAAAAGUCAAAAAGCUUCCCAAAGAAAAGACAGAAGUCAAGAAACCUGCCAAAGAAGAAAUAAAAGUGGAGAAACUGCUGAAAGAAAAGAAACCUGUCAAAGAAAAACAGAAGGCUGAGAAACCACCAAAAGAAAAGGAAGAAAAGAAACAUGUCAAAAAAGAAAUUAAGGUCAAGAAACCUCAGAAAGAAAAACUAGGCGUUGAGAAGCCUGUCAAGGAUAAGAUAGAAGAAAAGAAACUUUCAGCAGAAGGAAAAUCUGAACAGAAACGCCAAACAGAAAAAAUAGGAAUAAAGAAACCCAAAGAAGAUACUAAGCCCAAAAGAACAAUCAAGAGGGAGUUUCCAACUGUCCUCAGGAAGCAACAUCUUAAUGUGACGAAACUUGAAACCACACCAAUCAAGACCAAAAAGGCUGCAGUUGGGAAAAAGCUCGAAAUCCCAGACAAAAACGUCUCCUUAACAAAGACGAAAGUGAAGGCAGUGCCACUACGGAAAGUUCCUGAGGCUCCAAAAGAAACAACCAAGCCUUCAAAAGUCAGAAAAGUUGUUGAGUUUCUUAAGGAGAAGAAGAUUGAACCUAUCACUCCGAAAAAAGCAGCUGCUAUUAGGGCAAAACCAGCACCUGCUGAAAAGAAGAAAGAAAAAACUGUCCCAAAGCAGAUGGUAACAGAUAAAAUUAAAGAAGACAGAGUUCUUAAAGAGAAACAGGAGCCGGCAAAGAAAGAACAACCUGCUGAGAAGGCUGCCAGAGACGAGAAGGUUGAAGAACAACUUUUGGACAGCUUUCCCAUGGACGAAAACUGGCUGGUAUGUGUCUCUCCAGACGAGCUGCCGUACUUCCAGUGUUUCUUCCUGGACGAGGAUGAGGCUCAGUUUCCAUUUUAUGCCUUCUCACCUCUACACAUUUAACUCCUGGUGUGUAUCUAAUCUGAGGUGGCCUUACUCAUAAUGACGACGUCCUGUCACACUCCGGGCUGCAGAAACAUGGCAGCACCCGUUCACUGUGUCCAACAAGCGACCAGAACGGCGGAAAUGCGACGGACUGUUUUUAUCGUUUUGUUCGCGGGUCUGGUUGAGCUCUCGUUUUGAGUACAUGAAGACAGCGUCAUUCCUUUUGAUCCAUUUCCAAUUCCUGCACUCCAGUUACGGUUUAACUUGAACAACCAAGACUUUUGCAAAUAGUCUGUGCAUAUAUUUACUCUGCUUUUCAAAUACAACACAUCUCUUAUAAUCUCACCGAUUUCAAGAAUUUUGUUCUCUUAAAGGAAAAAAGCAAAAUCUGAAGCAUAACAGAAUUAUUUUUUUUUGUUUCAUGUAAACUAAGGGAUGGAAUGACCCUGCUCUGUAUCUGAAAGCUCCCAGAUUCACUGGCAGGAUGAUACCUGCGAUUAAGUCUUAUCUAAUGGAACAAUCUGCACCGCAUGCUUGUUUAAAAGUCGGUGCUACUUUUCUUGAACUCUGGUUUGAGUCCAAGUUUAUUUUGAGAUGGUUUUUACCAUCUGGUCUCUGUAAUUCCUUGACUGACCAAACACCUGACGUCGUUACCAACUGUACCUGAUGUAUUUGGGGUAAGUAGGUUUUUCUGCCCAGAUAACAUCUACACAUCCUGGUGUUGAGAUGUUCACUGAGGGCUAAACCCGACAUCGAUCUUGCAAUAGCAACUGAUUUGCUCAUCUGUCGCUCCCGACUGGCAAUGUUAUUGACUGUAUGGUAGAUUCCACACAGAAACUUUUAAGCGUUUUCUGAGCCGUGGUCCAACUUAGACCCGGCGACCCAGAAAUCCUGAGAUGCUCACGGAUCGAGGUUCGCCAGUUGCUUCUGGUUCACUGGCUUUUUUUUACACAUAUGCUGCGCAGACGAUAGGUGGAGUGCUUCGAUUUAAGGCACCAGCUCUGAGUCGAAUAAAAAACUCCUUACAACUUCAGAGGAAAUUGUAGGAACAAGCUCUACGACAUGUUGCAGCUCUCCAGUAACUUAAACUGUAAAGGCUGUAUAUUACAGUGAUGUUCAUGAAUACCCACCAGAAAUGUGGUUGGUGUGUUCCUGUGUAAGGGUGAGCUGUCCUGUCGUUGCAUAUUUGUAGGAGAAAUAUGAAAUACUUAGUUAGUGUAAUGAGCCCAUUGAUUUGAUGGCAUCUUUGGCUGUCUUUCAAUAACCUGUGCAUGUUGCGUGUGUGUUUUAUGCUGCCAUAUGUUCAGCCUACAUGACGAGUUCCUUUGAAUCAAAUAAAAGCCUAAGUAGAAGCAGAAACACUGACGUAAUUUUAAAUCAGAAACUUGUGUUGCUCAGAGACAACAAGAAUUUUGAUGUAAAUAGUUUAAUAAAUGAAGAAGUGUUUAUUUUAACUGGAACCAUUACCACUUAAACUGCAUUGUCCCUGCUGUAAACUUAUGUAUAAAUUUGUCAGGCCCUCUGUAUUUUUGUCAAUAAAAACAAUUUGUCAGCAAAA